AUGCAUGUACGGGAACUACUACCUGUCGAAGGUGCUGUGUCGUGGACCGACAAAGCGUUGUCCUACUUUAUACACACUAUAGAUCGUACAUUGCUAGAGAAAUAUUUUCAAAAGAUGAAUGAUCCAAAAUUCAGGGAAGAUAUUGAAAAGGAAACAAGACGAGAUCGUAAAGGUCGACCACUGAAUUCUAAGGAACAACAGGAGAAUCUUCCAGGGGUCAUAGACGACCCAGGUCGAAGGUCAAAGAUCACUUUGUCUCGAUGUUCCUCUAAAUCCUCGACCCGUUCUAUGAGAUUUGAGGAAGAACUAAGCACUAGUGAGAUCAGUGGAUACUCAGUGCUGGGGCCUACCACUCGUAGACAGUGGAGUGAAUAUUGUCACAAACCAGUCACAUCUCAGAGCGAGUCUGAGGAAGAAGAUGGCAAGAAAACACCAAGUAGACGUAUGCGUGAGAGACCCCCCUCUAGCAAUGGCAGCAGUGCUCGCUCAAGUCGCAGCAGCUCCAGGGCAUCUAAGAAAACACCAAAUAAGCGAAAAUCUCUAAAGAAGGGAGCAAAGACUGGCAGAGGAUCAGCCAACAGUAAGAAAGCAUUGGAAAGUCUAGACUUGCUACAUACACAUACAGUCCUCAGUACUACCUCCCAACAGAGUGAAGGUCGCUCACUGAACUACAACGACAAGAGUAUGGAAGGUUCCCAGGCCAAGUAUGAUAAACUAAAGGCCUCUGCUCUACCUGCCCAGACUCAAUUCACUGAGGAAGAAACACCCCCAGCUCUCAACCGCCUACUAGAUAAAUUCCGCCAGCAGUAUAUGCAGCACCUGUCUCUGAUGAAGUGUCCCCAGUACAAAGCAGCAGUUAAGCAGCAAAUAGAUGAUGAGAGGGCACUUAACAUGGAACUCAAGUCUAAAACAAGUCAGCUGGAAAAGCAGAUACAGAACUUACAGAAAGACAGCGUGGGUCAACUGAAAGCCAGACUUAGUGAGCUUGGUAUCACAGCCAACACCCCUGCAGAGUUCCUAGCUAAGGCUAAGGAGAUUGUGAUGCGUCACAAAGAGCUAGAGGUGCAGGCCUCUAACAUACAGAUGACAGUCUCUGCCCUGGAGGGAGAACAACAGAGGCUCCUUGGCUCACACCAACAGGCUCUCUAUGACCAGGCAAUUCUCUCAGGAAAACUCAAGGAGGGGAUGCCAGGUAUGACUCAGGAGCUGAUUAUGAAGGAGAUUACAGCCUCUCUAGCUCACAAACAGCAGCUUAUUAGUCGUCUCGAGAAAUUCGAUUCCGACUCCAAACUUAGCCAGGAGAAUAACAGUCUCCAACACGAGAACCAUAAAUAUUUACCUCAGCCUGGUUCAAAGCAGGGUCAACAUUCCAAAAUGUCUUCUCCAAAAUCUCAAGCAGCAUCAAAACUUUCUGGUAAUCCUAAAGCAGGGAACAGGAGGAAAAAGCAACAAGUUAAGGAAAAGGGUGAAAAGGACAAAGUUAGUCAGGAAUAUAUGCAAAACUUUGAUGCACGCUUGAAGAGCAUUAUCGCCUCCGCUUUAAUGGGAGAGUAUCCAGAUAUGGAAAAACAAAAAGAGCAAGCUAAAGUGAAAACUAUGUUGUCACCUAAGGAUACAAACUUACAAAAUAAAUCAAGUAGUCAAGAGGGAUUAUUAGAUCACAAAAAUGUAUCUCCGGCAAAGCUUGCCCUUAAACGGCAUUUAUCCCAGGAAAGGUUGGAUAUUGAAUCAGAACAUGAAUCAAAAAAGGAGAUAUUACAUAGUGGUCCUAAUGGGAUCAUCAGUCUCCCUGUUAAGAUCCCACUGUUGAACAUUGGAGAUGUAGUAGUUGGGCGUGCUGGAGCUAGUAUGCCUGUCAGUAUACCCUUGGCCAAUGUUAAUAAGCCCAAGUUGCUAGGUGGGAAACACCAUGGAGCAGGGGACCAUAAGAACACUAUUGUGCGCUCAUACUCUCCUAUUAGCAGGCCUAGUAGCGGCAGUAGCACAGAGUCUGCUGAAGAGAUCCAGGGACCCCCUGGAAGUAUCGGUCACAGUCCAGGUCUUCAUAAUAAAACCCAUAGCCCAAGUCAACACAGCCCUGGGGCCAAAUCUGCUGCAUUUAAUAUAGAUAGUCUUGUAAAGGAGACCAAAGCAGGUAUGCCUUCUCCAGGGGGAAUGUUUAGACCCCAUGGACAUUUACCUCAGGUGCAUAAUCCUUAUCUAAUGACUAGUUACCCAGGUAUAGGUGUCAGUGCUAUGCCUCCUGGUGCCCUCCAAGCAUACCACCAGGCAGAUCUGCUAUCUAAGAGCAUGCCCAACUUACCACCCCACAGCCCAAGCUACCUCCAAUUCCCUGACCAGAAAUAUCCUGCCAAACCUCAGCAUUCUAAACCAGAGAGGAAGAAGCCAAGAAGGAAAAGAUCCAGAUCCAAAUCUCCACUCACUAAAGCACCAUCGAGUGGAAACUCAGAACCAGGCCAAACCUUGAUGAAGACACUUAUGGCAGCCAAACCCAGUGUGUUGAAUAUGACAUCACAGCCACUAGCAGUCACAGCGAUUUCCUCACCAGAAUCAUCUGCUAAGUCAUCGCCAGUAGCUAUAAGCCCUAACAUUACAGCUAGGCCUGGGGCUUACUCAAACCUUCCUCCAACUGGUACAAGAACAGGAAGAAGUGACUUUGAUGCUCUUGUUGCGUUUGCAUCCUCUGAGUUAGAUCGCAACAAGAAAGAGACGGAGGCCAGGGGACGGGGAACACCACCAGCCUCCCCUCAUAGUCGCAGUGGAAGUUCAGAAGGUAGACGUCGCAGUCAAGAUAGUCACCGUAGUCGAUCUCGAUCCCCACUCAGUCCUCAUGGUAGAGAGCCUGGCGAUCCUCUAGCGCAGGGAGAUGCUUAUAGCAAAUAUGACAGACAUUUUAAGAAAAAAUUCUUUAAUAGAAAUCGUAGCCAAAAUCUAAGCAGUAGUAUGCCCAGUGGGGGUGGUGGGGACAAUUACGGUAAAUUCCGACCAAAGGGUAAAGGUUGGGAUUUAAGUCACUCGGGGCGGGAGAAAUCAGGACAGGGCCAGAUCAGCCCUAGUGUUAGCUCAAGUUCAUCUGCACCCUCCACAAGCAGUACAAGUACAACCACUACACCAGCCCCUGUGUCAUCAACAACAAGCACUACCUCCAGUACUAAUCCCUUCUUGGAGGCAAUCAAAAGUACUUCACCUUCCUUCAAUCUCGGCCUUCCUGCUGUCCCUAUGGGGAACGCUAAUAGCGCUGGCUUUGGCUUCACCAGUGGACUGGGAACUGUUAAUGCCUUUGGGAUGCCUAUUACUAAGACAGGUCCUGCCUUUGGUGGCCUUGGAGAGCUAACAGCAACCACCAAUCCUUUAUUAGCUCCACGGGCGCAACUAGGUGGCCUAGGAAUGCCACCGCCUACAUCUUUACCAAAGCAACAGUUAAACUUGGAGGUGCCACGUCCAGUUAUGUCUGUAGGACCUAACCCUGGAAUGAGAGCCCCUACUGCUCCAGGACCAAGGGUUACCCCUGGGAAUGCUGGGUCAUCAAGGAGUAGCCAGCCUGAGGAAGCCACCAUGAGGCCAGCAGCUGUAACCACACGCUCCACUGCUGUAAACAAAUAGACUGACUGAGUUGCUCACAGUAGCCUAUAGAUGUCCUCCCAGCAUGCGACGUCAAUAUGUCACCAUACACAUGCGACGUUAUUCUGUUCACCCCAACACAUCAUCCUGUUACACCAAAAACAAGGACAUUUAUCAUUUAGUUAAAUUAUUUGAUUAUUUUAACGGUCUUCCUUAACUUUUCAAAUGAUAUGUUUUUUGGCAAAACUAGAAGCUCAAAUUUCUAUUACUAAGCUAAGAUUUGCUUGUUAAAUCCAGAAGGUGAAGGAUUUCGAGAAAAUGAGGUGAAUAUUUGGUACAUAUUGGUCAAACUAGUGGAUCAAACUCUGGUUCAAAAACUGAACGCUGUUAAGAGGCAAUUAUCAGAUAUCUUAAAAAGGUAGAACUUACCCCUUUUUGACAUUAAGUAUCCUAAUUGAUACAUUCUAAUGACAAAAUGCUCAUGUUAACACAACGUUUGGAUUGAACCAGUAUUUGGUUGAGUGAUUGAGCAUGUGCACCACUAUAUUUGGCUUUCAUCCUGUAUUCUGUCAUUGGGAUUUAUAUAUUAAGCAAAACCUUAACUAAAACAAAAUUCUAUGUACCCCAAUUGAUGGAAAUCAGUUGACAGCAUUUAUUUAAAACAUAUUUUACUUAUUGACUUUUGUCAUUUUGCUUUCUUACAUUAUUAACCAAUGUAGGGAAAAAUCAAUUGUAUGCAGAAUUGUUGAGUGAACAGUGUAUGAUUCAAUGUAAUAGCAAGGAGGAUUAGCUCCCAGGGUUCCAACUUGAUAUUCUGCCAUAUAUGGAGUCAAGAUGUGAUUACAAAAUUCAAAAUCAAAACAGCCACCUUUUUUCACUUCAGAAUUUGAAUUGUGAGUUUUGGUCUUAU